UCCCAGCCUCGCGUCUCUAUAAACUUGCAGCCUCAGAGGGCACAGGAGGCAGGAGGACGUCAGCGACGCGCGGUCGAGCCUCCAGCCCGCCCCCCGCGCGCCUGCCUCUCGCUCCCUUCCCCUUGACGCGGCGACGGUCCGGCAGCGCUCCGACACAUUCACGCGCGCGCUGCAGCUCGCUGUCUCCUCCCAGCCCAGCCCCGAACAUGGCGGCUCUCAAACGCCUCUCCGCCUGGCCCUGGCGCUGCGCCUCCACCUGCCGCUCCGGCGGCAUCUGGUCCAAGGGAUGUGUUGGCUACUUUUCAACCAGUACACAUCGCCAUACCAAAUUUUAUACAGAUCCAGUGGAAGCUGUAAAAGACAUCCCUGAUGGUGCAACGAUUCUGGUUGGUGGUUUUGGGUUAUGUGGGAUUCCAGAGAACCUUAUAGGAGCUUUACUAAAGACUGGAGUAAAAGGGCUGACUGCAGUCAGCAACAAUGCAGGGGUUGACAACUUUGGCUUGGGCCUUUUACUCCGAUCCAAGCAGAUAAAACGCAUGGUGUCUUCGUAUGUUGGAGAAAAUGCAGAAUUUGAACGACAGUACUUGAGUGGUGAAUUGGAAGUAGAGCUGACACCUCAGGGCACGCUUGCGGAGCGGAUUCGUGCAGGUGGGGCUGGAGUUCCUGCCUUUUACACCAGCACCGGGUACGGGACCCUGGUGCAACAAGGAGGGUCACCGAUCAAAUACAACAAGGAUGGCAGCAUUGCUAUUGCCAGUAAGCCAAGAGAGGUGAGGGAGUUUAAUGGCCAGCAUUUUAUUUUGGAGGAAGCAAUUACGGGAGAUUUUGCUUUGGUGAAAGCCUGGAAGGCAGACCAAGCAGGAAAUGUGAUUUUCAGGAAAAGUGCAAGGAAUUUCAACUUGCCGAUGUGCAAAGCGGCAGAAACCACAGUGGUGGAGGUUGAAGAAAUUGUGGAUAUUGGAUCAUUUGCCCCAGAAGACAUCCAUAUUCCUAAGAUUUAUGUACAUCGCCUUAUAAAGGGAGAAAAAUAUGAGAAAAGGAUUGAGCGUUUAUCAGUCCGGAAAGAGGAAGAUGUAAAAGCCAAAUCCGGUAAACCUGGAGAUAAUGUAAGGGAACGUAUCAUCAAGCGGGCAGCUCUUGAAUUUGAAGAUGGCAUGUAUGCUAAUUUGGGCAUAGGAAUCCCGCUUCUGGCCAGCAACUUUAUCAGCCCAAAUAUCACAGUUCAUCUGCAAAGUGAAAAUGGAAUCCUGGGUUUGGGUCCAUAUCCGCUACAAAAUGAAGUUGAUGCAGAUCUAAUCAAUGCAGGCAAGGAAACAGUUACUGUUCUUCCAGGAGCCUCUUACUUCUCCAGUGAUGAAUCAUUUGCAAUGAUUAGAGGGGGCCAUGUGAAUCUAACAAUGCUAGGAGCAAUGCAGGUUUCCAAAUAUGGUGACCUGGCUAACUGGAUGAUACCUGGGAAGAUGGUGAAAGGAAUGGGAGGGGCUAUGGAUCUCGUGUCCAGUGCUAAGACCAAAGUGGUGGUCACCAUGGAGCAUUCUGCAAAGGGAAAUACACAUAAAAUCAUGGAGAAAUGUACAUUGCCACUGACUGGAAAGCAGUGCGUCAACCGCAUCAUUACUGAAAAGGCUGUGUUUGACGUGGACAACAAGAAAGGACUGACUCUGAUUGAACUCUGGGAAGGCCUGACCGUGGAUGACAUCAAAAAGAGCACUGGGUGUGAUUUUGCAGUUUCACCAAAACUCAUACCAAUGCAGCAGAUCACAACUUGAAAUGUGGAAUAGACAUUUCUCCCAGGUUGUGUGUUUCUCAUUUUAACCACAUAGGAUUUCAUUGAAAGGACAUCAGUAAUCAUAAUUGUAUAUCUAAGAAGCAGUUUUGACUAGUUUUCUUCCAGCAUUUUACACUGUAGCAGCCAUGUAGUCUUUAUUCUCUCUAGUGUGCUAUAAAGUUUUAAUGAAAGACAAAUAUAUAUAUAUAUA